CCAAGAUAAGUCUGCAACGAUUUUGAUAGCACACGCAGUGCACGUGUUAUUUCUACGUCAUGAUUUCAUAGAAGUUUGACGUCUAAACUAACAUCUGCGCGCACUAUCAAAAUUGUUGCAACCUUGUCUUAGUCUGACUCUAUUUGCAUAUCGCUCUUGGGCGAUAGAGAAUAAUAAAGUAGUUCAUAAUAAGCAUAGAGGUAUAAUAAUAUAGAUACAAAAUGGGGGAGGUGGGAGAUGACCGAACGAGAUGCUCUUACAGAACUUCAAUAGGAGUUCUUCUUUUUUCAAUAGGAGUAGCAGAGAAAGCGCUUUUAUUAUUUGUCCUUGUUGUAGUCUCAACUUUCUUUCUGCCUACUUCUAAAGCCUGACCAGUAAUAUAUGAUCACGCGCCAUAUUGCGGAAUUUCAUUGGAACUAAAUUUUUCAUACUAAACUGAACUGUCACCCUAUGUAUAAGAAUAAAAGCGCCCUCUUGACAAUGAUCAUAUAUGUAUUUCUGGUCGGACUUUAAAGAGUUCUAAGUGACGUAGACGUUUUUUGUUGCUCACCGUUUUUAUGGUGGGAACGAACGAACGAACCCGACCAAAUCACGUAGGUUGUUUUUGGUAUGUUGUCAGUAAUGUUAAAACGUGUUUUUAAUUUUGAAGUGAAAACUUCUUUAGCGGCGCUGUGAACUUUUUGUGAUGGGUUUUUUUUUUAAACUCGCGACAGGUUACGUGACCGACAGAUUCGUCAGAUUGAAAAUUCGUAAGACGGACACGUGACCUAAUCGAAAAACUCUAUGAUGGUUCUAGUAAUGAUGAUGGUGUGAGAGUCGUUGAAAUUUAUGGAUGGAAGUUGAUUUUCUGAGAGAUAAACUUUUUAAUGUUGAAUAAUUGUAAUCGUUCUGAAAUGUUACAUUUUUAAUGUAAUAUAAAUUGUCAUGUUUUUGUACGAUGGCGUAAUAAAUGAACAUUGUAUUUUACCACAUAAAUGACAGUACUUUAAAGCAAUUCGUGUAUAAUUAUUCCCUAACCAUUCCAAAAUAUAAAAAAGUCACAACGUUAAUAUUCAAGUUUUCACUUCUGCCGGCACUCCCGCAGUGCAACCCGUUGUUUUUUGUCGCAUUGUGUAUAUUCUGUCUCUCACGGACUCACGGGCGCAUGCGUAUGGCUCAUCUAUAUAAUACUAGCUCUAUGAUAAUAAGGUUUACAACCUGUCAACAACAUGACAGUGCAGUUGACAAAAUAUGUUUUCGUAACAGUCAUGCAAUUUUAUUGUUAUUACAAAAGAUUUUUUUAUAAAACGAAAGCAUUCGUGGAAAAUACCUAAAUGGUGUUUCUUCUGAAAAGGACUAAAUGUUGUUUGUAUUAUUUCCAGGCCAAGACGUCGAACAGAGUGUUACUCUGUGCCCCUCAAACAAUAAUCUUGGAUAAAAGGGUGAUAAAAUAAUAUAUGUCAGAAUAAACAGUAAAAUUAAAAUUAUCUGUUUAAUAUUUCGAGACAAAACGACCGAAUGAGUAAUUGAGCAUCCUAAGUUUAGCAAACGCAAAAUUUCCUGUUGUGACGCAUAAUGUCGAAAUACACUCUAUUAAGUCCACCGCCAAUUUGGCCUACCCGAGUUACAAGACUUGCAAAAAUAUUGUUUGUAUUGCUACGUUAUGCUAUGCUAUGUUUUGCUUUCUUUAUAUUCAUAAUAUACAUGAACUGGUGUCAACGUUUCAACACAGAACUCGAUGAACAAACAAUCCAAGAAACUUUGAAUGAUCCCGUUGUGGACCAAUCUUUUGCAAACCAAUAUACCCCUAGGAUUGAAAAUACUACUCGUAAAUUUGUCCAAAAUAGCCUAAAGUACAUAUUGCUUUGGACACGAAAAAGUUCUUCUCCGUUCCCCUUUUUCGGAACAGGACAAAUCGCAUUUACUGGGAACAAGUGUCAGUUUACAAAUUGUUAUGUAACUGCUGACAGACGAUAUUUCAAGGGAGACCUUACAAAAUUCGACGCCGUAGCUUUUAAUGGGAGAGUCUUGAGAGACGUAAAUGUAUCACGGCUACCCCAGCAAAGAUCGCCUCAUCAGAAAUACAUAUUCUUCAACCUAGAGUCUUCUACGUACCAACCGGUCUGCAACCCUUGGUGGGACAACUUUUUCAACUGGACAUCCACUUACAAGCUGAACUCUGAUAUUAUGUACUCGUAUAUUUAUAUAAGGGAUAUGGAUGGCGUACACGUCGGACCUAGAAUAGACAUGGACUGGGUUAAAGAUAUGAAAGAAAUUAACGAUACAUUAAAAGACGUAUUAAAGAGUAAAACGAAAGCCGCAGCUUGGUUUGUAUCUCACUGCUUCACUAAAAGUAAGAGAGAGAAAUAUGUGAAAUCACUUCAAAAGGCGUUGGAGCCUUAUGAGUUGACUGUAGACAUAUACGGACAUUGUGGAACGUUGUUUUGCCCCAGGUAUGCGGAAAAGUGGUGUUGGGCUAUGGUAUCCGAUGAUUAUUACUUCUAUCUUUCCUUUGAGAAUGCCUUCGCGGAGGACUACGUGACAGAGAAGUUGCUGAUCGCGUUGAAUAAUGACGCAGUGCCGAUUGUGCUAGGUGGAUCGAACUACACCAGGUUCCUCCCGCCUGGCUCCUACAUCGACGCCCGUCACCACGAGCCAGAAUCCCUGGCUCGCGUCAUUGCAGACGUCAUAGCCAACCCCAGCAAGUACCACGAAUUCUUCCGAUGGCGGAACCACUACAAGUACUCCGAGUCCGAACAAAAAGAGGACGUGUGCAACUUGUGCACGGCGCUGAAUGAUAAGAAUAUGGUGACGGUGGAGUCCACGUAUCCCCACUUCAGGAGUUGGUGGAACCCGGACUGGGAAGAGAGAUGUCAAGAUGACAAUUCGAGAACUUGAUCUUAAUUGACAUAGACAUCUUGGUUGAGCUCGAUCGCAAUACUAAAGCGUGUUUUUAUAAGUCCUACCUGUAUUCUGUUUGCAAAAUAUUGCCAACAUCUUUUUUCGCAAUUGGCGGCAAUUGUCAAUUUAAUAUAUAAAGUAUUAAAAAGUACAAUGACGGAACCACGAGGGCUAAUUUGGAGAUAAGAUAAACUAAUUAUACGUUAUUUGAUCAGAUCAAGUCAUCAUAAAUAUAUUGACAGAUUUGUAUAGAUCUGAGAUCAGAGAUCUGACGGAUUCUUACCUAUUAAUGAAUAAUGAUGUAAAUUUUGUCAUUUUUAUGACUUUAGUGUACAACGUGUCGAUUAGGGUAUUUCUAACCUAUUAAACCUAUGUGCAAAGUCUCAUUCCAAAGCGCUGGUGGCCUAGCGGUAAGAGCGUGCGACUUGCAAUCUGGAGGUCGCGGGUUCAAAUCCCGGCUCGUACCAAUGAGUUUUUCGGAACUUAUGUACGAAAUAUCAUUUGAUAUUUAUCAGUCGCUUUUCGGUGAAGGAAAACAUCGUGAGGAAACCGGAUUAAUCCCAAUAAGGCCUAGUUUACCCUCUGGGUUGGAAGGUCAGAUGGAAGUCGCUUUCGUAUAAACGAGUGCCUACGCCAAUACUCGAGAUUAGUUUCCAAGCGGACCCCAGGCUCCCAUGAGCUGUGGCAAAAUGCCGGGACAACACGAGGAAGAAGAAGAAGAAGAAAGUCUCAUUCCAAACGCCACAGUAUUAACGGAGAAAUUAAUGAUUUACGAUUUAAUACUUCGUAACAUCCUGUAUGUAGAUACACGGUAAUUACAGAGGAUGUCAUUGUCAUUAGUGUCACUUUAAUCUUAUCGUCAUUACGAACGGCUGAUACAAGUAUCUUUUUAUUUAUUGAUUAGAGUAGAGACACGUUGUAUAUUAAUUUAUACUUAAAUUAGAGUUCAAUAGAAAAGACAAUGUAAACAAACCAAAUUAUCUUCAUUUCCUCUUAAUCUCGC